CUUCUUGAUUUUCUUGAUACAACUGGUGUCCAAGAUUCGUUGUUGACAUAAUCAAUCAUACAGUAUGUAACUUGUAAAGAAAUACGUGUCAAUCCAUUUCACUACAAUUCCAUGUGUUGUUCAUCUUAUCUGAUCAAAUCAAUGAGAGAAGUUUAUAUGAUGAGAAACCGAUGGGUAAAUAUAACGGUAACAUCAGUUGCAGUAGAAAGACUGUGAGGAUAAUUUCGAGAGGCAUAAGCUCAGUGAUCAACAGGAAUACAACAAGUGUGUGAACUCCCAUAUCGCAACCAAAUUUGAGUGGUUUUUCUACCCACAAAUCACUAUUAUUGAAUAGACCAAUCAGAAAGACUUUAUAAAAGUCAGUUAGUACUGUGGUUCCGUACAACUUGGACUAGCUGCUAAGUAUAAUGUGUGGCCCUAGACAACGUAGAGAUAGGAUGACAAAAGCUUUAGAUUAAACAAGAAACGUUUAUUACCAACUAAAAGAUUCUGUUGGCUUGAGUCGCUCUAUAAACUUGUUUUGGAUUUACGAGGUUGUAGAAAUAGAACAGUCAAGUGGACUAUAUAUGCUUGGUUUUAAUGCGCAUGAAGAUUUUCACUUAAACUGAACAUUCUAAAAGUUCUACGUAAUUCCUAUCCUCCCUAAUUAUCACUGGAAUUGGUAUGUUUUCACUAUGUGAAGGACGGGGUUAUCCAGUGCAUAUAAUAAGCUAAGGGCCUGAUCCUAAGUAGGCUUUGAUAUUAACUUUUAUGAAAUGAGCGGUAGUGGGACUGGAGGUGGUGGCAGUAGUGGUGGAGGUUCUGGUCGUGCACACUUUCGUAGUCAGUUAGGCUGUUGUAUAUGUGGAACAAAGUCAUCAUCCUCUCGUUUUACCUCUAGUCAACGAUAUGCUGAGCAUUUUGGUGCAUGUUUUGGUCCACAGGGGACUACACGUUCAGGAGAUUUAUGCAAUGCAUGCGUUCUUUGUGUUAAACGUUGGCUUCAACGGGGUAGACAACCGAACUUCUUUGUACAGGUUCUUGACAGUAAGAAAGGUCCUGGACCGAAACAUAUGAAAGAGAUUACUAAACGAGCUCGUCGUCGGGAAGCCAAACAACAAGCGGCUGCUGCUAUCGCUUCAUCUGUAAGUAAAGAGCAGAAAUCUGUAAAAUCUGCUUCGAUUACUACCACUACCCAUACUCCUACUACACGUUCGUCUUGUGGAAACGGUCAUCAUUGUUUGAAUAGCAGUUCCGGCUCACGUGGCAAUCUUCAUUACACACAAACAAAUCCAAAACCGGAGCAUUAUUUGCAUACAUCACCUAGUUGUAUUCGUGUUCAGUCGAAUAUGUUUUCCCAGCAAUCUUAUAUGGGAGGUACGACACGAUCAAGUGCACAACACUCUCAGGCAUUAUCAAAUGGAUUAAGGUGUUCUUCGCAUAACAAUAGCAACAAUAAUCGUAAUAGUAAUUCCCACUGUUAUAAUCGAUCAUUAAAUCAUAAUAAUAAUAAUAAUAAUAAUAAUAAUGACACUUUAGAACAUGUAUGUUGUUCUUGUACAAUUUUGGAUCAGAAAGAAUAUUUAUCGAAAUUAUCUCAUCCACAAGGUGCUACACGAACUCGUGCAGCUGCUGCUAGGCAAUUAGAAGCAGCCAGUGCUGCUGCCGCUUUUGCUCAAAAUACUGCUGGUGUCCUAUCUACUUCAUUACCAUCGUGUAAUAGUCAUCAUCGUCAUAGUAGUAGUAACUUAGUGCUUCAUUCAGAAAACGUAAAAAUGACUACAUCAUCAAAUUCCAGUGAAAGUGAUCCUAAUAAUAGUUAUGAUAUUAACCAACAAACAUGUUGCUCCGAAACUGCAACAUCGGCUUCAAGUUGUUCUAGUUGUUGCGCCUGUGGUGGAGGUAGCCUAAGUUGCUGCAGUGGAAGCACAAGCGGGUUCGGGUCGAAUUCUUCAGACCUAUCACUUACCAGUAGUGUUAAUUAUCCCGGAAUGAAAUCUAAUACAUUCCACAAUAAAAAACAACACAAUUAUUUAAACUGUACAUGUCAUGAUAAUAAAGCUGUUGAAAUAAGUAAUUGUUCAAUAGAUUACAAUUGUUCCACUCAACGAUCCUACUGUCAUCACCAAUCUCGACAUGCUAAUGAAUUUAGAUAUCCUCAAUUACCACAAACUGGCCAAAUCAAUAUAAAUAGUAAUGGCACAUGCGGUAACAAUAAUAUUAACGAAGAUGAAAAGGGUGCAUCUAUAUUUAUAAAUGGUAAUGCUGGAAAUUUUCAGAACUCUAAUAAUACUCAACAAACGUCUUAUGUUGCAUCGGGACAAAAUAAUUCGAUUGCAAAUACCAAUGUAGCCACGACAUCAUUAACAACAACAACAACUAUUCCUACCCGACGUUAUAACCGUAGAGUUGUCCUACCUCCAGUAAGAAUGACCCAUAACCCCGAAGUGGAUUCUUUAUUACGUGAAAUCAUGGAAAGAAAUAGUCAGGCUGUAAAUUUCGAUUCUCGUGAAAUGCACAUGGCUGUUCAACAAGAAUUACGACUUCGUAAUCGUACCAUUCAUACUGCUGCUUCAGUUUCUGGUGGGUCCAUUUCUUCUAUUAGUUCAGCUGACGGCUCUAUAGAAGCCAAUGCCGGGUCCAGUAGUCAAACAUCAACUAAUGGCGUGAAAUGCAACCAUCAUCAUAGUUCUCCGAAUCAUGAACAUUUGGCUAAACGUCAUUGUUCACAUCAUUGUUAUUUCAGUUGCGAAUAAAAUAAAGAAAAAAGAAGAUAUUUUGUUUUCUCAUAUCUGCUUGGUCUUUAAUGUACACCACUAUCGUACAGCAUUAUCAUCUCUGUUAUUAGCACAAGUAUCAGUCUUUACAUACAUAUAUAUAAUAUUCGUGUACAGGUUUGAACUGUGUACUGAGCAAUUAAUUGGCUGUUAAAGUUUAUCUGUGUGUUGUAGAAAUUUCCUUUUCAAUAUUUUUGUUUUUAAUAUUUCCUUUUUAAAUUAUUAUUUUGACUCUUGACGACAUACUUUAAUUCUUAUUGCUUUAGAAAAUAUUCCUUAUUCUUCAUCAUUUGUAUUUCUAUUGUAUUAAGUGUUCAUCUAUUUUGCCAGUGAUGCAUAUUAAAACGAAAGCAAAGGGAGUAGCGGCGAUGGCGAGCUUUAGAGACGGAUGGGAAGGGAGAAAUAUGAGGAAUACAAAUCACCGUCUAAAUAGAAUGUACAAUCAACUUGCCUACAAUCUAGAGUACGAGAAAAACACUGAGCUUUUUAUGCAUAUAUUUUUGGCGGAUAUUGUUUUUGUUACAUAUAACUUAUACACUUUCCCACUAUAUGUAAAAAAAAAAUAAGAAUUAUUUAUCAGUGACUGUUUGUCUAUGUGUUUAUCUUUUCCACUUACACUUCGUCUGGCUGCUAACAUUACAAUAAUAUACAUUUAUUCAUAUGUUGUUUGCAUUAAUUUUAUCUUUCUUUAGUCGGAAUAAAUAAUGUCUUCUCUCGUUGUAUAUGUCAAUAUAUAAUGUUUUAUUGUUUGUGGACAGUUUGUUUUCGUUCGUUCAAUGAUCAAUCUUUUUUUUCUUUUUUUUUACAAAACAAAUUAGUAGCAUCACACAAAUAUCUCAAAUUGUUAUAUUUUCUGUUCUCGUUACUUACGUUCUUUUCUUUGUUUGUUUAUCUUCUUUAAAGUGCUAUGAUGUGUACACCUAUAUGCACGCACAUGUGGGACAUCUCUAAAGAUUUGCAUUAAUCUCAUGUUACAUUAUUUUUUUUAGUUUGACUUUUUUUCACGAUACUCUUCUUUCUGUCAGUUAUCCUCACUUUGACUACUAUUAUUAUUAUUACCAAUAAUAAUAAUAGUAGUAGUAGCAGUAGUAGUGACUGUUGGUGUCCUAUUACACUUUUGCUAUUUUUAAGUGUAAAAUAUAAUCAACAAAUUGUUAUCUUUGAAAUCAUGUAAAAAAGGAUUAGCAGUCAAACAUUAAGUUUUCUUUUCCUUUUUGUUGUCAUUACGUUGGCUUUUUCUCCCGUAUUUUACAGUUCCUAUUUAUUGUUAACCUACUUUGUUCUGUUUUAGUUGUAACUAGUUGUUUCCUUUGUGUGUUUAUGUAUAUCUCUUGUUUACUUCUGUUAUUUCCUGGAAUUUCCAUCUUGCUUUCUCUUAGACCAUCUAUCUUAAACUCUUCUGAAUGGAAGAAAUGUUCAAAAAACCUGAUAAUAGCUACGAUUGUAUGAAUAUACACCUUAUCUAUGCUAUUAAUUUGUUCUCAAAUUCAUUUGAUUGAUUGUGAUCAUUAACCUUUGUAUUAUCUAACGAUAAGGAUAAAAUUUAUAUACGCUAACUAUUCAGUCUCUAUGAUGGUUAAUUUACCAUGAUUAAAAGAAUACCAGUAGGCUAAUAAUCAUGAAAUCAAUACUGAUUAGUCCCAAUGUGAGAAUAAUUAUUUAUCAGUAAUUGGUCAUUCGUAAUAAUGGUAAUAUUAAUGAUCAAUAAACGUGGUAACUAAACUAACCUAGCGAUGUCACAACUAUGACGAUAGCUCUUCCCAAUUUGCUCAUAUACGAUCAGAUAAUUAGACUGUUUAGGUCGUUUACAAGCGAUAUAACAGAUAGCCAUGAAGCAAGUCAUAAGCACAAUAAGGAAUUCAACCUUUAGGGUCAAAAGCGAUAUAUUAAAUAAAAGUGUAAGUGGGAUACUUGACAAUAAAUGAUCUCAAGAGCUGUAUGCAUGCCAGAUCAAGUCCAUUAGUGGAUAGGUUGAUUAUAUUCAACGAAAAGCAAUAAUAACUUCAUUCAUAACACCAUGAAAGAAAAACAAAACAGUAUAGAAUUUACAGUCAAUGACAUUUGGAAUGUAUAUAUAUAUAUAUAUAUAUAUAUAUAUAUAUAUAUAUAUACGGUUCUUCUAUUAGUUGGUGUAACCAUAAAAGUCUGGAGAACUGAUAUGAUGGAAAGGAAAGUCAAUUUUCGAUUGAUUUGCUCAUUAUGAGUUUUUUCCAAGAUUACUUCCGUUUCGAUUCAAUGUAAUGAUUACUCAAUGUAGUAUUUGUUUUCUUUU